GGGGCCGCAGCGGCUCAGGCGGUUCGAGGGGACUCACCUGCUGCAGGUGCUCGGGGCGGACCUGACCUGGACGAGCGAGGACCGGCGCAGGGCCGGCCACUGGGGGACGAUGCAGCAGGAGCGGACCGUGCGGCUGCAGUACGGGAGCCGCGUCGAGGCGGUGUACGUGCUGGGCACGCACCUCUGGACCGAUGUCUACAGUGCGGCCCCCGCCGAGGCCCAGACCUUCAGCCUGAAGCACUCAGAGCGCGUGCGGGUAGAGGUGGUGCGUGAUGGGCAGGCCGAGGAGGUGGCCGCCAACGGCAAACAGCGCUGGCUUCUGUCGCCCAGCACCACGCUGCGGGUCACGAUGAGCCAGGCGAGCACCGAGGCCAGCAGCGACAAGGUCACCGUCAACUACUACGAGGAGGAGGGGAGCAUGCCCAUUGACCAGGCUGGGCUCUUCCUCACGGCCAUCGAGAUCUCCCUGGAUGUGGACGCAGACCGGGACGGCGUGGUGGAGAAGAACAACCCAAGAAAGGCAUCCUGGACCUGGGGCCCUGAGGGCCAGGGGGCCAUCCUGCUGGUGAACUGUGACCGAGACACGCCCUGGUUGCCCAAGGAGGAUUUGAACGACGAGAAGGUCUACAGCAAGGAAGACCUCAAGGACAUGUCCCAGAUGAUCCUGCGGACCAAAGGCCCAGACCGCCUCCCCGUGGGAUAUGAGAUCGUUCUCUACAUUUCCAUGACAGACUCGGACAAAGUGGGCGUGUUCUACGUGGAGAACCCUUUCUUUGGCCAGCGUUACAUCCACAUCCUGGGCCGACGGAAGCUCUACCACGUGGUCAAGUACACGGGCGGCUCCGCAGAGCUGCUGUUCUUUGUGGAAGGCCUGCGUUUUCCCGACGAGGGCUUCCCGGGCCUGGUGUCCAUCCACGUCAGCCUGCUGGAGUACAUGGCCGAGGAGAUUCCCCUGACACCUAUCUUCACGGACACUGUGGUGUUCCGGAUUGCUCCGUGGAUCAUGACCCCCAACAUCCUGCCUCCCUUGUCAGUGUUCGUGUGCUGCAUGAAGGACAAUUACUUGUUCCUGAAAGAGGUGAAGAACCUGGUUGAGAAAACCAACUGUGAACUAAAGGUCUGCUUCCAGUAUGUAAAUCGAGGCGACCGCUGGAUCCAGGAUGAAGUUGAGUUUGGCUACAUAGAGGCCCCCCAUAAAGGCUUCCCCGUGGUACUGGACUCCCCCCGAGAUGGAUACCUGAAGGACUUCCCAAUGAAGCAGCUUCUGGGCCCAGAUUUCGGCUACGUGACCCGGGAGCCCCUCUAUGAGCCUGUUACCAGCCUCGAUUCCUUUGGGAACCUGGAGGUCAGUCCACCAGUGACUGUCAACGGCAAGACAUACCCCCUGGGCCGGAUCCUCAUCGGAAGCAGCUUUCCUCUGUCCGGUGGUCGGAGGAUGACCAAGGUGGUGCGGGACUUCCUACAAGCCCAGCAGGUGCAGGCACCCGUGGAGCUCUACUCAGACUGGCUGACCGUGGGCCACGUCGAUGAGUUCAUGACCUUCGUCCCCAUCCCAGGCACAAAGCAAUUCCGGCUGCUCAUGGCCAGUACCUCGGCCUGCUACAAGCUCUUCCGAGAGAAGCAGAGGGAGGGCCACGGGGAGGCCAUCAUGUUCAAAGGCUUGGGCGGGAUGAGCAGCAAGCGAAUCACCAUCAACAAGAUUCUGUCCAGCGAGAGUCUCGUGCAAGAGAACCAGUACUUCCAGCGCUGCCUGGACUGGAACCGUGACAUCCUCAAGAAGGAGCUGGGGCUGACAGAGCAGGACAUCAUUGAUCUGCCCGCUCUGUUCAAGAUGGAUGAGAAACGCCAGGCCAGAGCCUACUUCCCAAAUAUGGUGAACAUGAUUGUGCUGGACAAGGACCUGGGCAUCCCUAAGCCGUUCGGGCCCCAGGUGGAGGAGGUAUGCUGCCUGGAGACACACGUGCGCUCCCUGCUGGAGCCCCUGGGCCUCUGCUGCACCUUCGUGGAUGACAUUUCGGCCUACCACAAGUUUCUGGGCGAAGUCCACUGCGGCACCAACGUCCGCAGGAAGCCCUUCACCUUCAAGUGGUGGCACAUGGUACCCUGAUCUCAGGGGGCUGCGGUGUGCGGGUCUCAGCUCACCCAUAACCCGUAUCGUGGCUGGGCCCGCCCUCGUGGUUCUUUACGAUCGCAAGAUACCCUUCGGCAGUAACUGUCAGGAAACUUUAGGAUUAUUACCUGCGGGACGGCACGCUUGGGGCCACACAGCGAGGUCACAGGGAGAGAGAGACCACACAGGCCUGGGGUUCUGCUUUUGGGGGGGGGGGUUGAGGGGGGGGGCCUAGGGUUUUGCGGGCUCGCUCCUAUUGGUGAGCUUAAAACAUAAGAGCUGGAAUUUAAAGCACAGGAAGAGGGAAAUCCAGGGGCCCAGAUGGUCAGCUAUAGAAACCAACCAAAUCUAAAACAAAGGAGCCUGGGGGGAGGAAGAAGCCUGGCUUUUUAUCUAGUCCUGUGGCUGGCAAUAUGCCUAUUGGAGAUAGCCUUCUCUAAAGUGGCUACCUCAGCAAUCAAAGCUUAAGUCAGGCACUUGAGCCACCGAAGAGAAAACCCAACUGUCAGGGCUUACACUACAGGUGCCUUGACAAUUCCCUCCUCCCUUCCUUCUCCAGACUCCUUGAACCCCCCAGAGCUUCCCUUUGCCCGGCAGGGACUUGACAAGGAUUCUGUCCCACUGGAAGCAAGAGAUGAGGAAUCUGGGAUAUCUGUACCUUGUCAUCUCUCAGAAGGGCCCUAGCACCCACCCAAACCACCCUGGUGAGCCUCAACUCUGUCCUUCCUGAAAACAGCCGUGCACUUGGCCAGUGUCUGUAUAACCCUGAUACGAAAAACAAAAAAGAAAACCAAAACUCUGUACCCAAAUCAUUCCCCCAAAGAGUCCUUAGUCUCUUGUCCAAAAUUGAAAGAGGGGAGAAGGGAAGGAGGUUCUGGAGGCUCUGGGAUCACCAGUUCUGGUAGCCAUGCCCUGAAGGUCAAGUUAGAUCCUACGGAAAGGGACCCUGGGCCUCCCCCCC